GAUGUGUCGGAAUAAAUGAUAAGUCGUGAUUUUAUCUUCAACGGGAUAAGUUGUGAGUUCGAUGAAACAGAGCUUGGUGAAGUAAUUAAUUAGAGCAAAUUAAAUGUCUGUGUUUCCGAGCGAUCAUUGGGAAAAUCGAAGCAAUGGAGUACGUUUAUUACAUAAAAUUGCACAUCCAUCUGACCCGAAUUACAUUCCGGAUGUCACUCCAUUCACACCAAUGUGGGGUCAAGAAGCUCCACCACCGAUGGUUUCCUAUCCCGAAUUAAUGGCUGGAUUUCCAUGUGGAGACUUAGCUAUUUGGCCCCGUUCACAAAUGAGUGGCUUAGUGUCGCAAAGACUCUCUCCCCGCAAUGGUUUGCAGUCAUCCAGUUCGUCAACAAAGAAAACACGUCGCCGGGUCGCAUCGAUUGCUCAGCGACGUGCGGCCAACAUUCGGGAACGACGGCGAAUGUUCAACUUGAACGAAGCAUUCGACAAACUCCGGCGCAAGGUUCCCACAUUUGCCUACGAAAAGCGACUGUCUCGCAUCGAAACGUUACGCUUGGCCAUCACAUACAUUGGUUUUAUGUCCGAAUUGCUGGCUGGUGGCAACAAUCGAUUGCAUGAGCAACGAAAUUCGGAAAUAUUUUCGCCAGUACCUCAACAUGUUCAUCCGGCAGCGAUUCAACGUGAUUUUGUGUCUCCGUACAAUCAUGGAGGUUGAUUUUUGUGUUACGCUGUUUUGUUGAUUCAGAAACGUUUUAUUUCCCUUUUUUGGUUCGAUUUUAUUUAAAAAUUGGAUGGGUAUGUGAUGUAUGCUGUUUUGUUCUCGCUGUAUCUAACGGUAAGUUGUUGUAUAAAAGUAAUAAAAAAAUCGUGAAUUUCAAGCAAAA